AUGCAAAAACAUGGAUCGGUCUCGGAGUCCCACCUCUCGCUCAAUGAACUCGAUGCCUUGCUGCUUAUGCAACAGUGGAACAAGGAUGCACUUUUCCUGAUAAGAGAGACCACGGCGAACCGAAAACAAGCACUGACGGCGCAAAUGGCUCAGCGUAAAGCGGUCAACUCCGGGGACAUCGAGCAUAUGAACGUGUGCCAAGAAGUCAAGGGUGUAGACAGACAUGCCGGUGUUGAUUCGAAGAAACGGCGUCCAUCCCGCUCGUGGUGCAGUCUUGAUCGAUUUUGGCCUCAGCUUCGUGGAUGGUUGUCCUUCCCCGACUGGCGGCUCACCCUGGUAUCUGCCGCCCGAGUUUAUGCGUGA